AUGUCUUAUAUCAAAACCAUUAACAACUUGGCCGAGUAUCGGGAACUUAUUGCUUCAAAAAAAUUAACUGUGGUGGAUUUUCACGCAACAUGGUGUCAACCAUGCCAUAUGAUCGCGCCUGUUUUUAAUGAAUUAAGUUCAAAAUAUAGACAUGCUAACUUUGCAAAGGUCGAUGUUGAUCAAGUACAAGAUGUCUCUGAGACAGCUCGAGUCACAUCAAUGCCGACAUUCAAGUUUUUCAAGAAUGGUCAGGAAGUUGCACAAUUAGUAGGCGCUAACGCUAAUGAACUCAGAAGACUCGUCGCUCAGCAUGCGGGGUCACCUGAAGAAAGCGGCUCGAGUUCACUGAAUGUUCAGGGGCAUACGGAUAUAAAUGAAUUUAUCACGCUUAAUCAAGUUGACUGUCUUAACUUAAAAGAAAAUCAUUCAGCUAAAAGUAUUUUCACCAAAGGUGAAUCAUAUAUUGAAUCGGAUGUUGAUGAACAACUCUUGAUAUCUGUUCCUUUUAAUCAAGCUGUAAAACUUCACUCGAUAAAACUUGUCGCGAAGGAUAUUG